AACAAAAGACCAACCGUUUCGCAACUCAAAGCCGUGCCUCAAUUGUGUGCCGCCGCGAAAUAUUUCCAUUUGUGAAGGACCAGGUUCCAGAAAAGCGUUCCCGGUUCCGGUUAGCAAGGGUCUGGUGCGGAAGAGACGCCGCAUCUUAGAAAUCGUGGACACCGCUCACACUUUCACUUCGCAUUAGAAGCUUCAAUUUUCACUUGUUUUGUGCCGAGCUUUAAGUAUGUUAUUGUAGACUUGAACUUUCACGCCCUCUCACCACCGCCACCUCUACCUCUGCUUCACUCAACCUCCCGCCUCCCGCCUCCAUGUCAACCCCGGAUCCCGAGCUCGGCAGUUGUCCUCCACCGUUAUCAAUUAGCGAUCACGACGAGAAAGAUCCCAAUGCACGACCAGCAUGCUUCAAGUCGACGCUCCAAGAGUGUCUGUUUGUGCUGUCAGUCACCAUGGCGGUCGCCAUGACCAGCGUUCUGACCGGCUCAAUUACCGUGAUGAGCUCUUUCGCUGCCAAAGACCUGAACAUGACUAAUGCACAAGUCACUUGGAUGAACGCCGCAUGCUCAUUAUCUGCAGGAGCAUUACUUCUGUUCUUUGGCAGCAUCGCAGACCUCUUCGGUCGCAAAUCCAUGUUCAUUGGGUCCAUGGUGCUCUUCUCCAUCGUCUGUCUGGGUACUGGCUUCGCAAAGGAUGGCAUAACCGUUGACGUCCUUUGCGGCAUCCUCGGAAUCUUCUCUGCGUCCGCUGUCCCACCGGCUCAAGGCGUACUCGGUACGAUCUACGACCGACCGAGUCGUCGCAAGAACCGAGCAUUCGGAUGCUUCAGCGCCGGGAACCCUCUCGGCUUCGUGUUUGGUACCAUCCUGUCCGGGCUGUUCACGCAGCUCUUCAACUGGAGAGCUGGGUUCUUCCUGAUUGCAAUCACGUACUUCAUCACCUCGAUUGUCGCUUAUGUGACGGUGCCUACCGACACGAUGCCGAAGCAGAAGCUCGAUGCGGAGACUCUGAGGAGGCUGGAUCUACCAGGGACUGGGAUGACCAUCGCUGGUAUUGGAAUGUUCUGCGCAGCUCUCAGUCUCGCGGGCGACGCGCCAAACGGCUGGAAGACGCCGUAUGUGCUCGUGUUGUUGCUCGUCGGCCUGCUCUUGAUCGGCGCGUUCAUUGCGUGGGAGCUCAAGUACCCGUACGCCAUCGUAGACAUGAAUGUGUUCAAAGACCGAGACUUUUCUCUGCUCCUUCUCAUCCUAUCGUUCGGCUUCCUCGGCUUCCCGGUGUUCUCGUUCUGGCUCGCGCUCUACUUCCAGGUCGAGCUGGGCUACAACGCCCUUAUGACGGGUGUGCACAUGCUGCCCAUGGUCGUAGUAGGGCUGCUCGCAAACUUCAUCGCCGCUGUGAUCCAGCACAAAGUUUCCAACAAGCGCAUCAUGGGCAUCGGCGCGUGGGCAUACGUUGGUGCUUUCGUUCUCGCUGCAGUACAACGAAAGGGCGAUUCAUACUGGGCCUUCUCCUUCCCUGCAUUGUGUUUGUGCGUCAUUGGAGCGGACUUUGAGUUCAUCGUCGCCAACAUGUACGUUCUGUCCUCCAUGCCCGCAAACAAGCAGUCGAUAGCAGGGUCGCUGCUACAGACCUUGACUCGCCUUUGCACCGCGGUCGGCUACGGCAUCGCGACCGCCAUCUUCGACACUGUCGAGAGAAACCCGCCGAAAUCCGGAUAUUACGCCAACAAUGCCGUCGCGCCGUACGCCGCCGUCUUCUGGUUCGCUCUCGGUGUCUGUUUCCUUGCCGUGCUGUUCGUUCCUUUCCUCCGCAUCACGACCCAAGGUCACACGGGCGACAGGGGUCGAGUGAAGCACGAUAUCAUCGAGCCUCCGCUCAAUAGCGCUCUAGGUCUCGAUGACGGCCAUGCUGUCGCGGCGGUGAGCGGGGAGGAGCGCGCCGGCAUCGAAUCGACACUGAAAACAUUGUGAAUCUGCACAUACCAGACGCACCAUUAGCCGGUCGUACAUACAUACCCACCUUACAUAGGCACAAAAAGUCCAAUCUCAGCGUGUACUAAAACGACCCAUUAUCGUCAUGAAAAAU